AUGAAGAGCACGCCGCUUAUCAUCAAUUGGCAUGACCAGAAUGCCCCAGUCUACUCGGCCCAUUUCGAGCCCAACGGCAAGGGCCGACUAGCCACGGCUGGAGGAGACAAUAACGUGAGGCUAUGGAAGGUAGACAGUGAUGGAGAGGAUCGAAAGGUGGACUACUUGUCAACCUUGAGCAAGCACACACAAGCAGUCAACGUCGUUCGAUGGGCCCCCAAAGGCGAGAUCCUCGCUUCCGCCGGCGACGACGGCAAUGUCAUCAUAUGGAUCAUGUCCGAACACAGCGGCCCCGCCUUUGGCAACGAGGGCCUCGAGGAUAAGGAGACUUGGAGAACCAAGCACAUGUGUCGAUCUAGCGGAUCCGAAAUUUACGACCUCGCCUGGUCUCCUGAUAGCUCUUAUUUCAUCAUUGGGAGCAUGGACAACAUUGCCCGAAUCUACAAUGCCAGCUCAGGUACUCUCGUGCGCCAGAUUGCCGAGCAUAGCCACUACGUCCAGGGAGUAGCGUGGGAUCCUUUGAACGAAUAUAUCGCAACCCAGUCCUCCGACCGAUCAGUCCACAUCUACUCGUUGAAGACCAAGGAUGGCCAGCACACACUCAGCGGCAAUCAUGAUGACAAACCUUCCAAAAUCGCGAGUCACAACAAGAGUGACUUGCCGCCGCGCCGCAUAUCCUCCAGCAGCCCUGCGCCUCCUGACUUUGGCAUGAGGACCCACCUUACUGUCGAACAAGCCAUAGGAUCUCCGGUGCCCUCCGCCCCCGGAACUCCCACGUCAAUCGCGUUGCCGAUGAACCCGCCUAGUGUGAUAAGCCAUAGCAGGAGGUCGUCGUUUUCGUCUAGACGCUCGCCGUCACCCGCUCCGUCUAUGCCGCUGCCGGCUGUAAUGCCCAUGGAACCAUCGCCGAAACCUCACCCCUCUGGUGGCCUCGGCAUGAAGAAUUCAACGCUCUACGCCAAUGAGACACUUUCAUCCUUUUUCCGACGCUUGACUUUCACCCCAGAUGGCAGUCUUCUGCUUACUCCAGCUGGCCAAUAUCAAACUCAACACAGCUCAGAAGGAAAUGCGAAGCCCACAUUUGAGGUCACGAACACUGUCUACAUUUACACCAGAGGUGGCAUCAAUAAGGCACCGAUUGCGCACUUGCCUGGUCACAAGAAGCCUUCUGUCGUGGUGAAGUGCUCACCAAUCUUUUACUCAUUGCGGACAUCACCCCCUGUAACCAAGCAUAUCACCAUCGAUACGUCGUCCUCCGAAGAUCCCAUCCCAGCAUUGCCUGAACCAGUCUCGAAGCCGGUGACAUCUGCUUCGGUCAUGGACCCGCCUCCGCCGCCAACCUCAGUCCCCGAGUCUAUCUCUACACCAAACAAGGCCGAAUCUGGCGCAUCUACCCCUGGCCCCAAGGCAGCUUUUGCUUUGCCAUACAGGAUGAUCUACGCCGUUGCGACUCAAGACGCCGUCCUUCUCUACGAUUCUCAGCAGCAGACGCCUAUCUGCAUAGUCAGCAAUCUUCACUGCGCGACGUUCACGGAUCUGGCUUGGUCAAGCGAUGGACUCACUCUUCUGGUCUCAUCCUCAGACGGAUUCUGUUCGACCUUAUCUUUCUCACCCGGUGAGCUGGGCCAGAUCUAUCAAGGAGAUUUGCCCACUGCCAAGAACCCAACAGCUGGAAGCACAGGAGCGAGUACGUUGUCGAACCAAAACACUCCGGUUCCUGCUCCGAGCUCAACAUUCGCCUCUGCAUCUCCGUUUCCGAAUGGCUCUGGUCAUCAUCACCGGAACUCGACAAGCUCUUUCACCGCUCCAUCACCUCCACCUGCUGGAUUCGUCAGCCAGCGGCCUCAGUCGCCUGCUCGAUCAAACUCUACUUCGUCUGUGGCGACUCAGUCAUCGAAUGUGGUGACAAACCCCCCCUUGAUUGUGGGCAGCGUACCUGGCAUAGCCGUUUCCAACUCUACCAAGGUCACGGGCGUCCCCAUCACAACGCCACCAGAGACGCCGAGGACCAAUGCUGCCACGAGCUCGGCUGGUGGUGCGCUGGCCGUUGGUCCGGCAGCAAGCGGAAACAAGCGCGAUGCGAGCGAAGGAGAGAAGGAGGAGGGUAGCGAGCCCAAGAAGAGGCGAAUUGCACCUACCCUAGUGGAGCAGAAGCCUGGAGAUCCCAUCAUCAUCAUCAUCAUCAUCAGUGAGGCCAUGGCAUCGAAACAACCGCCCGACUCAAGUCUCAUUGAAAACCCUUUUAUCAAGAAGCGCAAUCUAGGAUGGAGGUUGGAAGUCCCGGGUUCAAAGCUCAAGGACGACGGAAGGGAAGGUCAGAGCGAAGGAGAUGAGCAGCCAAAACCACUGAACAAAGCCAGCAACGGGCAGAGUCAAGAUCACCUGCUACUAUUUUACUCACCAUCCCAUAAGGCCGGACCAAAUCUCUCAGCGGCGCUGGAAUCCGGCGCCGCAACGCAACCCGACCCGACAACCCACUUCUUCACCCACCUAGCAAAACGGACGCUCGACCCCUACCCGGCGCGCACGCCGCACCUGUCUCCACAGUCCGACGGUGCGUUCAGGACGCUCUUUUCCUCGCAUGCAGGGUCGCGGCAGGGUGCGCACUUUGUGGUGCACCAGCACGACCACCCGAUCGCGGGCGUGCACUACGACCUGCGGCUGCAGGUCAACCAGACGAGCAGUGUUAGUUGGGCGGUCAUGUACGGGUUACCUGGGGACGCGAACUCGAAGAGGUUGAAUCGGAAUGCGACGGAGACGCGGGUACAUUGUCUUUGGAAUCACGUUGUUGAAGUGGGGGCGUUGGGGACGGGGAGCUUGGUUGUUUGGGAUUGUGGGUGGUUUGAGGUUCUGGGGAGCAGGAGAGGGAGGGGGGGAGGGCCGGCUGUUGAUCCGGAUUCUGGAGGGGAGGAUGUUGAUAAUGAGGAUGGAAGGGAUGAAGAUGAAGAAGGGGGGGUGACAGAGCAAGAGAAGUUGGCGAGAGCUUUUGGGGAGAGGAAGAUUCGGGUUCGGUUACAUGGGAGUAAACUGCCCGAGAGGUACGUAUUGAAUUUGAGGCUUCCUAGGGGAGAGGACGCGGAGGGGAGGAGGAAGAGCGCGAGGGCGCUGGGGAGGCCUGCGAGGAAGAGGAGGCGCGGUGGCGGGAAGAAGCAGACGUAUGUCGUCGAGACUAGCUCUGACGGGGAGGGCUCUGGUGGUGAAGGGGACGGUGAUGUUGUUCCAGAUCCUCUCGACGGUAGUGACGAGGGAGAGAAGGGCUUAUCGGCCGUGGAGCGGGAGAUUCGGGAGGUGGAGGACGAGCACGUCAGGAGAACGAACGCGUACAAGGGGGCGGAGAAUAGCGUCGGGAGCGUGUAUCAGCGGCGGUGGUAUCUUUCGCUCGACCGGGAGGCGUGUGGGUUUGAGAGGAGGAGUGUUGGGGGGAAGCGGAUCUGGGUUUUGAGGGAUGAUGGUGGUGGUGGCGGCGUUACUGGUGGCAGUGGCGGCGGGGAGAAUGGAGGAGGCGGUGGUGAGGCUGACGAGACUGGGAGGCUGAGUUUUCCGUUCUAUGUGAGGGGUCCCGAGGUGGAGAGGAGCAUUGUCACCGGACGGAGGGGGGAUGAGGUUUUGAGGGACGAGGGGGUUGAGGGGUUUGUGAGGAGGAAGGGGUGGAGGCCUGUUUUGGAUUGA